GUGUUCUAAAAUAUAAACAAUGAAUCAUAUGAAUGGAAACAAUGCAAAGAUUGAUAUGUCUAGAAAGUAUGGCCAAAGCGUGCUAGUUUAUCGCAUUGAAAAGUUUCAUUUUAAAGCACAAAAUCAAAACAGAAAACAAUAACAUAACCUGAAAUUUGAUAUUCUGAUCGCAAAGAUGAUACUCUCUUAAAAAAAAUCGGCGUCGCUAAGAAAAUAAAAUUUUCCCUAAAUUGUAAGUUUAAAUAGUUAACUUCAAGUGUUACUAUGGCUGCUGGAGAGGGUACAAAUACAUUGUCAAUGAGAGAGAAAGCUUUGCUUAAGCAACAUAUAAACAAUCAUCAUGUUUCUGCACAUCCAGGCUAUGUUCCAGUCUCAGAAUUAUAUUUGCAUAAAACUGGCUUGAGGGGAAAAAAGGGCAUCAUGUUUUAUGCAUUGGUUGUUUUACUAUUUACAAUUGCUCUUAUAAAUUUAGCUGUCAUAGUUGUACUUUUGAGUGUCCUUCGUAUUGGAUAUGGAAUGGAAAGUAUGGAAUUUAUCAGAUAUGGUAAACUCUUACGAUUUUUAAAUCAUGCUGACAUGGGAACAAUUACCCCAGACACUGGAGUGAUAGGAGGUUUCUCUGAUAGCGACUUACCUAUAAUUGGAGAUAAUAAACCAAUAAUUUUCCGAACUGGACCCAGAAUGAAUACUGGAAAGUCUGGACCCAGUCUUGAAAUUCAUCAUGACCAUACAAUUAUCUCUGGUGUUGAAGAGUUCUUAAUUCAAAGCCCUACCUCAGGAAAAAAGAUUUUUUCUACUGAUUAUAAUGAUUUCAAGUUACCUACAGGUGUCUCUCACUUAAGUGUUAAGGAAGCACAUGUGUCCAGGAUUGUGAGUAAGAAAAAUGAGUCACUAGAGAUAUCAUCUCCUUAUCAAGUAAUAUUAAAGGGUAAUGAAGGUCUCACUAUGGCAGGGAAAGAAAUUGUUUGGGUUACUGGAGUUGAUCUUUAUCUCAAAAGUGUUAAUCAAAGUAUAAUUCUUGACGGUGCAGAUGGUGUUAUGGUUUCUGCUGGGAAAUUACCAUUUGCUGCAGAAACCCAAGAUAGUGCUCCUCGCUGGUACAAACUUUGUGUGUGUAUGCCUAGUGGCCGUGUUUUUCGAAUUCCUGUCCGUGAACAAGGCUAUGGUUGUAAUGAUGUAAGAUUUCCAGAAAGCAUAAACCCAUGUUCUUAACUAGCUUGAUCAAUUCUUAUUGUGAAGCCGCUUGUAUAUUUAUUAAAUCUCAUCUACAUUUACACAAAUUUAGCAUUUAUUUCUAAAAACGUAAUUGAUUUACAGUAUUAGCUUUGUUUUUAAAUGUUUUUUACUCAGACUUAAUUGACACUAUACUCGUCGAACUUUUUAAGGAAUUAUUAGUGAAUUGUUCUGAGUGUAAAUUAGUAAUUAUCAAUUAAUUGUCUUUUUCUUUUCAUUUCUUUAUAUUCUUUCUUUAUUGGUUUUACUCUGCUAACACAGAGAUAUUCAUAGCCUUAAUAUGAAUUGUGUUGUUUUUCACUUAUUUAACGACAAUAGCUGAUGCAUUCAUUCUCAUUUGUAUGUAAUUUUGUAAAAGGACAGAAACAUCUUGUAUUUAAGUUAAAAACUAUGCGACUACUUACUAGUAAAAAAAAAAACGUUUAGCUCAAGUUAUGUCAUUGUUAGAGAUUAGAAAAUAAAAAAAUUUAAUGUCAUAAUUAAGCCUAGGAUAAUUUUUCAGAAUCCCAAAAUAUUCAAACUUGUUAUGUAUCUUCAAAAUAAACUUUUAGAUUAAUAUCUUCACAAUAAAUUUAAAUAAUUCACUAUUUCAGAAGUAAUUAUUUAGUUGUUUUUUUACUGCAGUACAUAACUCUUUAUCUGAAAUUCAUAACUCCUUAUCUGAAAAAUUAAGAAACUAGAUCAAAGUUUUCAUAAUUUUUCUGCCAUCUUUGAAAAAGCAGAUAUUUUCAAGUUACUUUUAAAAGGCAUUAUUUCCCUACCUUUUUUUUAAAAAAAAAAAUUUCUAUUUUCUUACUGUGUUGUAAAUUAAAUACCUAAAGUGUUGUUUUUCUUUCAUAUUACCAACAUAAAUUAGCACCCCAUCCCCCUCUUGUUUUGAGUUUUUUUUUAACAAUUCAAUGAAAUGGGUGAUUAGACAUAAUCACUUUGACUCUUAUCUCAAACUGUUGAUCUUGAAGGAAUAUUUUGACUUUCACAUGCACUGUGAGUCAAAUGCACUUUAGUAAAGGCUGGUUCCAUUCCACCUAAGUUGCUUUUAUUAAUUUUUUGCCAUCACACAUUGCAUCACAGUACUUGUGUUAAAGUAGAUUUGUUACAUAAAAUCGGAAUACCUUGUUUGCCUUUUACAAUUUUUUUAUAUUUGAAUAUCACCUUCAUGUGUUUUAUCCAUUCUCUUUUCACAAAAUCAAAAUUUAAAAUAUUUUCUCAUUUUAAUUUUGUAUCAGCAGAAAGAAAGCAAUUAUAAGUAUUAAAAAUCAAAAUUUUAAAAGAAAUAAAUGCUAACUCUUUUAAAAAAACAUUCAAUGAAUAAUUUUUCAAUGCUAUUUAUAAAAACAAAAUCUUAAAACAUAAUUAUCUGAUUUUUGAAUCUCCAAAUGUGAUGACUUUCCUGCUAAACAUUGCUCUGAACCAAAAUCUAAGAUGCUUGCAAAAUGUUAAUGAACUGAAUUCAGCAAAUAAUGUCAUAAAAGUUUUCUAAAACUAUAAAACCAAAAAAUUUUACACUGAACUUGAAAUAAAAAGAAAAGCUAAGAUUUUAAUGAUAAAUAAUUUACUUGUUACUAAAAACAACAAGGUAUUUGAGUGAUAAAACUUCAUACUGAAAAAAAUCUGUAAUUAGUUAUUCAGCUAUCUGUUGCUUUUUAAAUCAUGUUUAUUGCUAUGAAACAAUAAUAAUUAAAAAUCUAAUCAUUUUUUUUUAAUUUUUAAAAUGCUAGAUUUAGCAUAGGCUUAGAAUAAUUUUUAGAAGAAAAUAUUAUCAUGGUAGUAUCAUUGCAUUAUGAUAUCAGAAAUAGUAGAAGUAAAAAUUAUUGAAAAUGUUUCUGACCCAAAAGUAAAUACAUUAAACUGCAUGUCUGUUUUGAUAAUUAAAAUGUCAGUGCAUUAAAAUAAGUCGGGUUUUUUUUGCCAUUAAAUAUUACUUGUAAAUUGUAAUUUGAAAUCUAACUUGUAAUGGUAGCAAGUACUUAAUGCAUGUGCCAUUCUAUAUUUCUCCUCUUGUUGGGUGCAUAUUAAAUUUUCUGAAAUACUGACCUUCCCUACCCGCCUACUGUACACCAUUCCAUGAUGCUUUAAAAUCGCAAGUUAAACUUCUCAGGUUUCUCACCUCUAGUAUUGUGAAAAAUUUUGUCUGUGCAUACCUUCAAAUUGAGUUAACUUCUCAUAUUCAAGUAUACUUAAAUGGAUUUAUCACCUACUCAGCCACACUCCACAUUAAAUCCAUAGGAGCUUUUUUCCCAUUUAUAAAUUUAAGCACAAAUAAAAAAUUUUUAUGAAUUUAAUUAUGUGUUUUAACGCUUUUCUUGUGAAGUACGAAUUUGGUUCAUUGUAUUGAUUUAUAGGAAUUUAUAUUUAUUAAGCUCAUUGCUAUUUUUAAUUUUUAUCAAAUAGGUAUUAUCUGAGAUGCUUUAAUAUGGGAUGAUUAUCUUUAUUAAAAAAAUACAAGCAUCAAAGAUUAUAUAAAAGCAUAUUCUUUCACAUGAUUUUGGUAUUUGAUCGUUUUCUUUGUACCUGAUGGUCUUCAACCAUUUUAUGCUCAAUAAUAAAAUGUUUUUUUUUUUUUUUUACCAUUAGAGAAAAUCGAUUGACAUGUCAAAAAAAAACUGCUUCCCCUUCCCUUACAGUUCAAUUUUGAACUAUUGUUAUAGGUCAUUUUAUUUCACUUUAUGGAAGAGAAUUGUAUGAUAUUUUUUUCAGAAAAGUAUUGAAAUAAAACUGAUACAAUUGUGAUCUGAAUUGAAAAUACAUAUGCUACAACUUUUAUGUUUAAAUUAAAGUUUUUAUGAUUGCUUAUAAGAUAUAUUGUGUAUUAAAAAGGUAAGACUCUAUAGAGUAAGAUUUAUUAAUUUCAUUUCAAUUUCACAUUUAAAAGACUCAAAACUGUGUAAUAAAAAAGCUGCAUUGUUUAGAUAUAAAUGUUAAUCUUAGCGUUAAGCAAUAAAUUUUAUAUUUUAACAAAAUUUAGAUAUUUAUAAAACAAAUAUGUUUCAUAAAUAAUAGCUAACAUGGUUGUAUUAUAUUUUAAAUGUUUCUCUAAUCGUACUGACUAUUUUAUAUUUGUUUAUUUUAGUAUUUUUAAGUGUUUUUCACAAUUAUUGCUGCCUUUCUCUUUUAUAAAUUUUGUAUUUUACCUUUCUUUACAAAACAAAUAGAUCAUAUUAUAAAUUCAGGCAAAUCUGUUUUGCGCAAUUUUGUUUGUUUUGUUUUGUGCUAUUUUCUCAUAUUUAUAAAUUUUAAAAAACUUAGCUAGAUAUAGGUUUCAUGAAGUCUUUGACUAUUGGUAAUAUAGCCUGUUGUCUGCAGUUUAAACAAGUUUUAGGUAUUGAGUAAAUUAACAGUAUCAUUAAAUUGUGUAAUUCCAGAAAUUUCGAAAAAUUCGAAAAGCUUUGCUAUUUUUUCAAAGCGUAGCAGUUUGGGAUUUUUGAGGUCCUUUGCAUAUCUCUAAAGCUUACAAAAGAUUUUGACACUGCUUGAGUCAAAACUAGCGACAUCGGUUGAUUAAAACCAAAAUUGAACCUCUAAUACUGUAUAUAAUUAAUUUCACUGGUUAAACGGUAAAAAAACGGGAUGCACUCCUCCAUAAAAGAAUAAAAACAAAUGCCCACGGGAUGAGCAGCCAGAGAGUUAAUACUGGCUCUAAUUAUUGUCUGACUCUUCAUUUAAUGCUUGAAAAAAUUUAAUAAAGUCAAUUUUGCAUUUUUUUCAUAUUGUACUUUAAAUCAAAGUUAUUUUCUAUCAGAGUUUCCAAGAAAAUGCGCUAAUUUUGAGUUUUAAAAUAUAGGGACUGUUAAGGAAUCGUAGAGCAAUAAUUAAGCCCUUUUUAACAUAAAAAAAUCUUGUCUUUUGUGUAAUAAAAUAAUGUUGUGUUGUUACAAUAUAUACCCUUCUGUUCCUGUAAAAAUGUAUGUGACAUUUUCUUUUUAAUCUGCAGUCUUCCUUCACUGUUUUAUUACAAAUAAGUGUUAUUGUAGAUAUAAAUUUAUAGCUGUUAAUUGUAAAUGUAUUUUUUGGGUUGAAAUGUGAUAUAUUUUAAUUUAAGUUGCUUUUUUUUAAAUAUUUUUCUCUAUUUAAUGGUAUUUAAGAUUUUGAUAUGUUUGCAAUUGUUAAAAUUUUCUUAUUUUUUAGUGAUUGAAUUAGAAAUUCAGUUUGGGGAAAUAACUAAAUGCUUCUGAAUAGAAAACUGGAUUUUCUAGGUGUUUUUCAAAAGCAAUUUUCAGCAAUAAAAAAAAAUUACACACUCUUUAAGCUCAAUAGUUUUAAAGACAAAAAAUAUCUUUUUACAAUAGUAUAGUAAAAAAUAGCACUUGGUCAAUUUUAAAAUAUAUAUUUCAUUACAAUCAUCAAUUAUUUAUGUCAGUGUGUGUUUUAUUUAUCAACAGCAAUAAACAAUCUCCCCCCGCACAAUGACUUUACAGCAGUAAAUGCUUAUCUCUGCUUUUUAUGUAAAGGUUUCGACUGAUUUACACCUAUUGACUCUUUGCAGUCGUAUUUUACUGAUACUUAAUAAUAACUGAGAACAACCAUUUAACUGCAAAUGAAUAAUUUUUUAAAUUUUGUUUUCUAAUUGGCUUUGAAUCAUGCUUAUUAACAAACUGUCCUAUUUUUUAUUUAAAUUAUCUAAAUUAAAUAGGGUAAUAAAAUGUUUUUUAAAUUAGGAAUCCAUUUUUAAAAAAAACUAAUAGAAAAACUUCAGAAAAUAUUUGUUUUGUUUUUUCUUUGUGUGAUUAGACCAGUUUUAUUUAUUUAUUUAUUUUUGAGGGGAAGAUUUGGGAAUUUGAAGCAUUAUUUCAUACAGAUUCCAUUCCUUGGUUUUCUUCUGCCUCUUAGCCUUUAAUUUUUUACAAAGCCAUUCUUUACUUCUGGAAUAAUUUUAAAUUAUAACAAAUUCAUGUAUGCAACUGCCCUUUCAAAUUUUAAUAAUUUCUUAACGCUGUGUUUACCUUGAAUUUUGUAUGAUGUCUAAUGAGCAAUAUAUAUCAUGCUUAAUGCAAUGUUUAGUGCAAUAUAUCAAAUGUUUAGUGCAAUAUGUCAUGUCUUUCAUAUGCACUAGAAAAUUCUGAUUUUUAACUCUUUAACUGUGAUCGAUGAACUAGUUCAAAGUAGAAUCUGGAUGCUUUCCUGCACAUCUGACUAAUUAUCAUUUAAUUCAAAUUUCAGUCAUUUCUAGCAAAUUUAUUUGAAUAGAUUGUCAGUUAAAGGGUUAAAAUAUUUAUUUAUGAAUGUACUUAGUUGCCAAAUUUAUAACUGUUAAAUGUAAUUUGUGUGUUUUAUUUUUGUUAGAAUACUGUUUAAUACUGUUUAUUGGUUUAACAUUUGUGAUAUUAAAAAUAAUUUUAGAAAUG